AUGGCUCUUCAAUUCUCUCUUCAACUUUUCCUCCUUAUUGCCUCCAUUGCGCCUCAUGUGAUCACUGCACGUGUUCGUCACACCCACAUAUCCUCCCAUCUUCAAGGAAGUCGUAUAGGUAACAACAUUGAAGGAAUCCACAACGUCAAACUUUACCUCAAACGUUAUGGUUACUUAACCAAUGUAGAGAGUACCAAUUCUAACAACACAUUCGACGUUCUCCUAGAGUCGGCUAUUAAAACCUUCCAAAAAUACCAUAGCCUCAACGUGAGUGGUGUUAUAGAUGAGGAGACAUUAACUCUGAUGUCUCUACCACGAUGCGGGAUUCCAGAUAUCAUGCACAAUAUUAAUGUCAUGGAUAACAACGUUCAAAUGAAUAGUAGCAGUUUUCAUUCUCAUUUCACAUUCUUUCCGGAUAACCUGAAAUGGCCGGUAUCAAAAUACAACCUGAGGUACACAUUUCUCGAUGAUUUUCCAAACGACUUCAAAGAACCGGUGAUGAACGCAAUGGAACAAUGGGCGUUGUUUAGCUUGUUCAGAUUCUCAGAAGCCGUAGAAGCUCAAGAGGCUGACAUCACAUUUAACUUCGUGAGAGGGAACCAUGGAGAUGGCUAUCCAUUCGAUGGAAAAGGAGGGGUUUUGGCACAUGCUUUUGGGCCAUUGGAUGGGAGGGUGCACUUUGAUUGGGAUGAGGAUUGGGCAGAUGGUUCCGUUGGUGGUUUCAUAAAUGUGGGGAUGGUUGCUUUGCAUGAGCUCGGGCAUGUGCUCGGCCUUGCUCACAGCACCAUCAGAGACGCCAUUAUGUGGCCCUACAUGGAAGCCGGUGAACAAACUAGGGGCUUACAGUUUGAUGAUAUUGAAGGCAUCCAAACUUUAUAUGCUCCAUGA